AUGACCGAAAUUCAACCAGUCAGUGAUAUUCUUGCUGAUGAGCAAAUGCAAGCGCAAUGCAUCUUUUUCGAUUGCUACAUUCAAACAUUCUCAAUGAAUUAUGACGAAAUUCAUAUUCCAUUGUCCAUUUCUAUCUGUCUGUUUGGAGCCGCUUCAAAUGUGUUUAACAUUAUCGUCUUGACCAGAAAGCGAAUGAGAACGCCUAUUAACAUUCUGUUAACUGGAUUAUCAUUUGCGCAAUGGCUUUUGGCAACGAAUUACUUUCUGUUUCUUCUGCUCGAAUAUUACAGAAUGCAGUGCAUUAAUGUUCUUUGGUCAGAAGCUUUAACUUGGUACAGAUUCUUCAAUGUGAACUUUAACACCGUGUUCCAUACAAUUGCUUUUUCUACGACAAUCGUUGUUGCAAUUUUCCGAUACUGCGCUCUGAAAUUCCCGAUUCAAGCGAAUCGAUUCAUUUAUAAAUCAAAGCCUGCAAUUGUUGCAAACAUUAUUAUUUGGCUUAUUGUGCCAGUUAUCAGCGCUCCUGUGUUUUUCAUUUCUGAGGUACGAAUUGUUGAGGACAGCCCAAUCAUUUAUCAUUUAAAUUGUACCAUGCCUGGACCAUUGUACGAUUUGAGCUACCAAGCGAACCCCCAACUAUUUUCCGCAGUGUUUUGGGCGUUUGGAGUUGUUUUCAAAAUCCUUCCUUCUUUGAUAUUGACAAUCCUUCUCAUUGCCCUCAUCAGAUCUUUGAAAUCUGUCGAACGCCGCAGAAAGAACUGGAAGAGAACCCAGGGGGCUCAAAUUUGCACAAACUCGGAGAGAAAGGCCAAACGCAAACUCACAACACGUCCAAGAACUACGAGAAUGCUUGUUAUUAUUCUGAUGCUUUGUGUCUUGGUUGAACUCCCAAAUGGAUUCCUCAAUUUAUGCGUUGCAAUUUAUGGAGAAGAUUUUGGCAACAGAGUUUAUGAUCCAAUGGGUAAUUUUAUGGAAAUGCUCACGCUUCUUUACAGUUCUGUUAGCUUUGUACUUUACUGUUUGAUGUCGAAUGACUUCUUGACAACAUUCCGUGUACUUUUCUGUCCAUGGUCGAAUAAACAUCAGCUUUCUAAUAUUCCAGGCGGAAGCUGGAGAACCCGCCAGGAAGACACUCGCUCACCAAGAAGCUGCUUGAUGAACGGAACUGCGCAAAGCUCUUUCGUCGGCACCUACACCUAA